UCCCACGUGAGCAAAGACCACUAUUCUCUGAGUUCCGCCCAUGUUAGACGCAGACCUUCCUUCCCCCAAUUCUCAUUUUCUUUCACCCAUUCAAAUUCUACAUUUCGAUCGAUUCUUCUCUCCCUGGAAUUGAAUUGAUUCUCGCAACUUUCGAAUUUCGAUUAUGGUCGUCAGAUGAUAGGCUUAGGAAAUAUCAGUGCUCAGUUGUGUGGUGUGGAGUCAUUUGAAGCUGGUUUUUUUAAAUUUCAUGGGUGUUAUUGAGCUUGGCAACUACUAGCUUCCCUCCAUCUUCAGUUGGUGGUGAUUUUGUUGGGUAUGGUUCGUAUGGAGCACCUUCCGGUGGAAGUCAUAGGUAACAUACUAUCGCGGCUUAGAGCUGCCCGAGAUGUGGUUAUUGCAUCCGCAACUUGCAAGAAGUGGAGAGAGGCUUGGCGGAAUCACCUCCACACUCUGUCUUUCAAUUCCAGUGAUUGGUCUGUCUAUCAUGAUCUCACAACGAGUAGAUUGGAAAUUCUGAUAACUCAAACCAUAUUCCAAACCACUGCUUUGCAGUGUUUAUCAAUUUUUAUGGAUGAUGUUGAUGAGUUCUCAGCUGCCCCAGUGAUUGCUUGGCUCAUGUAUACGCGGGACACCUUGCGACAACUGCAUUAUAAUGUGCGGACAACCCCAAAUGUUAAUAUCAUUGAGAAAUGCAGUCGGCAGAAGCUUGAAGUCUUGGCCUUGGCUCAUAAUUCUGUAACAGGUGUUGAACCUAGUUAUCAGAAGUUUCCGUGCUUGAAGUCACUUUCCUUGAGUUAUGUCAGCAUCUCAGCAUUGGAUUUGAGCCUUUUACUCACUGCAUGUCCAAAACUCACCAGUUUGUCUCUUAUUAAUCCUGAUAUAGCAAUGUCGGAUGCACAGGCAACAAUGAAACUUAGCAGUGCGUCAUUGAAAGAUAUCUAUGUUGAAGCAGUCAGUUUGGAUAAUUUCAUAUUGGAGGCUGAUACCCUUGAGAAUCUGCACUUGAAAGAUUGUACCUUGGAGCUUUUUGAGCUUAUUGGUAAGGGGUCAUUGAAGGAAUUGAAGAUUGAUGAUGUUAGCGUGCUCCAUCUCGAUAUUGGUGAGAACACUGAGAAUCUUCAGAUUGUGGAUGUCAGCAGCUUCACAAUCAUGUGGCCAAAGUUCUAUAACAUGAUCUCUAAGUCAUCAAAUUUAAGGAGGCUUCGGCUAUGGGGUGUUGUGUUUGAUGAUGAGGAUGAGGUUGUGGAUUUGGAGAAUGUUUCUGUUUGCUUCCCACUGUUAAGCCACCUAUCCCUAAGUUAUGAUUUAAGAGAUGUUUGUGGCUUGCAGGGGACAUCUCAUUUGGAGAAUGUGGUUGUGUUAGAACUUGGAUGGACUAUAAUCAGUGAGCUCUUCUCUGAAUGGGUAGCAGGACUUAUAGAGAGAUGCCCUAAGUUGAGGAAGUUGGUCAUUUAUGGGGUUGUUUCAGAAGCCAAAUCCCCUGAAGAAUGCCAAACUUUGGCAAACUUCACUUCGGCCAUUGUCCGGCUGAUGAGAAAAUAUAUGCAUGUGGAGAUUCAGUUUGAAUAUGAGUAGAACUGCUGCUCAUCCAUUCAUGGCUUUCCAAUUUUUGCUCAGCCUGAUCUGUCCAACAAGGUACAUGGCACUUUUGAGGAUUCAUAUCACCCUCAUGUAAAUGUGCCUCGUAUUUUCUAAAAUGCUGAGCAGAUGAAACUUUAAAGAUUGUUUAAAAAUCAGUUUUGGCUGUUUAUGUCAGGCUUGUACUUGUUUCAGAAUAUUCAAAGGGGAUUUUCAUAUCAAAGAUUGUUUUCUGCUAGUUUUUGCUUGUACUCGUUUCAGAAUAUUUAAAUGGAAUUUUCAUAUCAGAGAAUGUUUUCUA